AUGGAUCAGCAGAAUAGUACUAUCGAGAGUUCAUCUCCAUCAAAUGAUGAACUCGAAAUACAAGAAACAGAACCAAUUAUCACCACAGCAACUACUUCUGAAAGUUUAUUAUCAAGUUUGUCUAUACCUAAAACUGCUCGUGAUAAAUUUUUUGAAGAUCUUCAACAUGAAAAGGACAAAAACAGAUGGUCAGCUAAAUGCUUACUAUGUGAAAAGCCUAAAAGAGUUAUAGACAAGUUGGAAGUUACGUCAAAUUUUACUCGAUAUGCUCGAGAAUAUCAUAAAGAACAUCGUAUAGUUACUGACAGUGCUGCAAAUAACAUUCGUACAUUUCAAGGUAUGAUCAUUCCUGGUUUUGAGCAAUACUUUGUUCAAGAUGAUAAUGAUGAAAUAAAUGAUGAAGAUGAUAGUGAAUCAGAUAUGAAUAAUGGAGAAAUUAGUGAUGAAUAUGAAUAUCCAUCAGAUUUUUCGUCAACAACAAUCAGCUCAUCAACAUAUAUUGAUUUAACACUUAAUGAUCUUAUUCAAGAGUCAUUUAAUAGAUUGAUGGAAAACAACGAAGUGUUUAGAAUUCCGUGCUUUGCAUAUACCAUUCAGCUGGUAGUGAAAGAGGGUUUACAAGAAACUAAAUCAAUUUUAGGUGCUUUAGAAAAAGUUUCUUUAAUUACAAAACUUGCUCAUACCAACACAAAAUUUGCAGAAAAAUUAGAUUUAAUGAAAGUAUCUAUUCCUCGUGCUGUAAUCACACGAUAG